CAGUUCCAUGAGACGGUUGGAUCCGUUUGCCGUUGCCAUGCGCUUUUUCCGAUUUGUUCCUCGCCGACAGUAUUCAAAUCCCGGGCCGAACGCAUUGUGGCACCUGGAUGGCAAUCAUAAACUGGUUCGAUGGGGUAUUGUUGUGCACGGAAUUAUUGAUGGAUACUCUAGGUUUGUCGUUUCGCUACUGGCUGCGACAAAUAACCGUGCGAGUACAGUUCUGCAAGCUUUCGUCAAUGCCUGCGCGUCAUCCGGAGUGCCAUCUAGAGUUCGCACAGAUUGCGGCGGGGAAAAUUUUGGCGUUGCCCGCUGGAUGGAGCAUUACAUGGGUCCGAAUCGUGGAAGUAUUAUUAGAGGGCCUUCCGUUCACAACCAGCGCAUUGAACGGUUGUGGCGCGAUCUGGGACGGGUUGUACUGAAAUUGUUUCGAUCCGUUUUUAUACAUAUGGAAAACAUGGGAAUUCUGGAUAUUAACAGCCAGCGAGACGUGAUGCUUUUGCAUCUAAUUUUUGUGGAUCGAAUCCAAAUGAAGCUGAAUAAUUUCAUCUCCUUUUUUAACAACCAUAAACUGGAAACCGAACGUAAUAUGUCUCCUAGGCAAAUUUUCACUCUUGGAUGCCGGGAGAAGGGGCUAAAAGGAUUUUCCUUACAGCAAGUUAUGUUAGGUGAUCCUCUGCCGCAAUCCGAUGUAGAUAUCCCUGAAAAUUUUCCGGAAUUCAUAACGAAUAAUGCCGCGCAUUCAAGAGAUUCUGUCCCCGUUUUUGAUAUUGUCAGCCUGUACCCUAAUGAAGCCGCCUUCGUCUUAGCCAAUCUGGACAUUACUCAAGAGGACGGAUUUUACGGAAUUCCUUUGUUUCAAGCGGCCAAAGAAAUGUUGCAUCAAAACUUUCCAUUGAAUCUGUGAAAAAUACGGAAGUUGUUAAUAAGCAGCUUCUAUUCUUUAUGUACUGAUUUUAUUGUCGUUAAUGGAUGUCGAAACAUUAAGGUACAUUUGCGCCAUUGUGAGCAGUUUCUUCAUAGUUUCGGUAAACAACACAUUGAACGUAACGAUACUUAAACUCGAUUGCACAAAUCAUGCAGUUUUACAAGUAGAUUUAUGGCUGUAGCUGUACGCAGUACGCAUUACCGAAACAGCAAAUGUAAUUUCCGAUGUAACUGUAGGCAGGUCAAUGUCAUAUUCUUGCGUAUAACGUGCUUAAUUUAUGAGACCUGGUUCAAACAAAUACAUUUGUCACUGCAUUAUUUCACUUAACA